AUGGUGACCAAGACGCUCAUUCACGCCCACUAUCGCUUGGCCAACCCAAACUCCAAUCUGCUCCCGCUCCCAAACCCCAAUCGCAAAGGUUCUUCAACUGGUCUAUUAUGCCCUACCUGUUCAAGUACGAUGGUCUACCUCAAGACGAACACGGACUCCUGGCUUAUUGGGUGUCCAACCCCCAAUAACGACCAUAAUUGGAAGUGGUGGCGCUGUGAUCAGCUCAACCACGAGCUGAGCCUUAUCAACCUUGGUGUACCCCGGCCUAUUGUUUCCAAACCCUCUGACUGGGGACCCAGAGUAUCACCCCAAGGCCAACCCCUGGAACCCAAACCAACUUCCGCCUCAUCAGCUUCACGUGGACGUCAUCAUCCCUACCCGGCUCCCGCUCUCCAUCCCUCUUCUGACACCGCCGGGCAGAAGAAACUCGAGUGUAAUCGAGUUUACGAGGGUAAACUAUCUCAAAAUCACAAGAAAGUGGCAAAUAAAGAAUGUCCGCACCAAUAUUGCCUAGGUUGUUGCACUGCAUACGGCUCUGGUAUUUGUAGCAAACACAAAGUCUUGCCCAAGACUUUUACACCCCCGGUGACAGCCAAUCAUGGUCUUACACCGCAGCAAGUCCGUGAUUUAGGAAUCACCCACCAGCACCUCACCGAUCUUAGGCUUCCGACUCGAGGUUCAACACCAACUACUGAUCUUUCAGUUGCACAACGUCAAACUCCAGCUUCACUAGCCCGACCUAAUCAAUGGGCUCAAUCCGCUAACUCCCUUGGGCGACGUAUCCCCAUUGAAACAAUGGCCAUGAUCCAGAAGGUCCGUGCUGAACAAGACCAAGCCCAAGAUCGCCGGGAGGGCCCGCUUGUUGAUGUAAACAAGGUCGCCACCAUAUCUUUAUGGGUCAAUUCAGAUAGCCCGAAGCCAAUAACUGCUUACUUUGCUCGGUGGCCUGUUGCAUAUCUUGACGAAAGCAAACUCCUUUUGCAGGCAAUUUUGAAGGUCGUUGGACCCCAGUGGGAUCGCACGCUGUGCAUUUGGGAUGUCACACUGUCUGCCUGGCGCGAUACAAUGGUUAAUUACCCACAUCGGUGCCAACCAAACCAACGUACAAUUGUUGUUCAACUUCCCACUGUGGACGUCCCGGCAUCUGCACUGUGCUGUGGGCAUCAAGCACCUCCCUCUGUCCAACCUCUCUCUUUCAAUGGUCCUCCACCAGCCUCCACGGUGCAUACGCCGUUUCCACCCACUUCAGCAUUCCUAUCUGCUUCAGGACUUCCCGCCGUCAGCGAAAAUACACUCUCCCAACCAAGCACAGUAGUCAUCAACAAUCAACAGGCAACCACAUCAGCAUUAUCGCAGCCCCCAAAGGAAUCACUCCCUAUUGUUCCGCACCAAACAGAUGUCACACAACCUACUACAACAAACAGAAUCACGACAUCCAGCUUGGUUUCCGCUUUGAAGUUAUCGUUGGAUUUGACCGCGCCAACACAAUCUAGUGAACAGGCAGCUCCCGGCGAUGAACAUGUUCCUGUAAGCCAAAGUAGCAGUAGCAGCGUCAAUACACAGGACACCACGACUAUGUCACCAUCCCCACAAGAUGUUCCUUCUCUUCUUCAAAAAGGCUGGCCAUCCUCAUCAAUCCUCGUCUCAAAGGUGCUUGCGUGGUAUCGCGACUCCAAACAGGGAAGCAUCAAGCAGACGUGGUCGAAUCAUUUUGGCGGCCAAUGGAAGUUAGUACCUCCAACUGUAUAUCAAUAUCAUGGAUGGAUCGAGGAUGUCAAACCGGAUGUCAUGUCCAAUCACUUCAAGAAUAAUGAGCAGGCCACUGUAGGUGAUGCUCGUCUAGUCUGGGCAGAAGAAUUCAACAGAAGAGCAGGGGUUACUAAGAAGGCAGGCUAA